ACCACCACCACCACCACCACCACCUCUCCUCCUCUCCCCCACACCACAACGCACAAAGACAACAACGCGCAACACUACCGAGAAACAACAAGAGGCAAUGGCAAUCCUCAAAACUCUCACCGCGCCGCCGUCGCUCCCCGUGCUCCGUCUCGAGCCCUUCACCCCCGCCGCCUUCGCGCCAUUCGGCGUGUGUAUCGAGACACCUCGCGCCAGCACCUCCCCCACCAACACCUCUUUCCCCCCGGCAAUAAACGCGAACCAAGGCACAGCCCUAAAAUACCCCCACAUCUCUUCCAUAGUCCACACCUACCCCCCACCUACCCCCAGCACCCCAGAGGCAACACACAACCUCCACCUCUUCUCGUGCUCUCCACGCGCACUCCCGCCGUCCGGCGAGUUCGCCGUCCGCAUCCUCGAGCGCCAUCCGUGCACCACGCAGACGUUUAUUCCUUUAGCCUUCUCCGACGCAGCCUCCUCCGACACCCCAGAGGCGGAGGCGGCGGCCUAUGUAGUAAUCGUAGCGCCCACAGCCGCCGAUGGCUGGCCCGUUCUCGAGGGGGUGCGGGCGUUCAGGGCGGAAAGAGGGCAGGCGGUGACGUAUAGCGCCGGCACGUGGCAUGCGCCUAUGGUUGUGCUUGGGGGGAGGGUGGAUUUCGUGGUUGUUGUUGCGGAGAAUGGGACGGCGGUGGAUUGUGAGGAGGUGCUGAUUGAAGGGGAGGGUGGGGAGGGCAAAGGGAAAGAGGAUGGUGGGAGGAACGGGGAAGGUGGGGGGGUGAGGGUGCUGUUAAGGGAGGAGAAGGAGGGGGGGAAUUGGGGGCUUUGGGAGAAGGGGAGGGGGAAGGCACGGUUGUAGGUACAGAGCUGUGCCGGUGGUGGUGUUGGUGGACCGGUGUAGAUACGGCCAGAAUAGUAGACUGCGGAGGACAUUGCGGAAUAACCAUGAUCUGAUCUGUUGUGCGGUGGGGCAAUACCUAGGGGAAGGCGCGGUUGUAGCUAUGUAGCUGGCGGCGGCGGGUAGGUUUGUGGACUACCUAGAUAGUGUAGAUACGGACAGAAUAAUAGACUGCGGAGGACAUUGCGGGAUAACCAUGAUCUGAUUUGAUUUGAGCUGUUAUGCGCCGGGACAAUAUCGACACCCAAGUAUCG